GCGGGGACGUCCUGGGAUCCGUGCCGAGUCUGUCCAUGACUCGCCAGCGAUACGGAAUGCCCUACAGGAACCCGCUUUACGAGCCGCCAUUGCCUUCCCCACCGCCAGGGGUCGUUCUUGGCGGUGGGCAUGGCCGGCGAACGCGCUCCAACCCCAAGCUACGGACUACUCGCCGAGACAGCUCAGGAGACGAAGACGAUGACGAAGACCCACCUCCUCGGCCUCGACGGCGCCGCCAACAGCGUCCAGCAAACACGCGCACGGUGUCGACCGGCACCGUUACGCCCCAAUCCGAUCGUGUCAUGCAUUCCCCAUCCUCACGAUCUGGCCGCGAACCACCCUCGCCAUUGACGCCCCUGGAAGAAUCGAGAUACCCACCGUCCUCAUUCCCCACUUCUUCCAACACUUCCGUCCAAGAAAGGCGCAAGAGCGCAGUCCCAUCCAUUUCGGACAUCAUUCGCGCGCAUACGCUGCCCGAAGGCCAGACACUCUCCCGCCCUGGUACUUCCCGGCGCACGUCCGUUGGCAAUGUUAGCCUAAGCUUCGAUCACUCACACGAAGAUCUCGGGAAGGGACGACAGCGCGCGAAGACGGCCGACGAAGAGGAAGACUUUUUAUCGCGUUCGUCGGUGGACAGCGUCGCGAAUGAAGUCCAGGAAACUUUGCGUCGUCAGAUGAGCUUGAAGCCACAGGCUCCGCCUCCGCCUUCAGCGAUGCUUAGACGGCGGUCCACGACGUCGGAGAACUUCUCGAUGACCUCGCCCCGGUCGGAAUGCGGUGGUGGCGGCGGCGGGCGCGCCUCGAUCCACUCAUCUUCUGCGGCCUCUUCGUACCAGAUGGCGACACCGUCAUUCGAGGAUCUCAACAUCCACGGGCUGAACAAACCUUCGGCUUCGCACGCAGUGGCGCAGUACCUGCGCUCUGCACGGUUGACGACCCUGGUCAAAUGCACUCGGUCGCCCCAUGCAUCGCCAGACAACCCACUUACUGUGAGCUUGUCCGACCUGGGAAAUCCGCACGGAUACCCUGUCGUCGUGUUCUUGGGCUUGGGCUGCGUGCGGCAUAUCAUGGGCUUGUACGAUGAGAUGGCGGAGUGCCUCAACCUUAGGAUCAUCACCAUUGACAGAUGGGGACUGGGGCGUACGGAACCGCGAUUGAGGUCUGCAAAGGGCAUCAUGCAAUGGGCAGACGUCGUCGAGGAGGUGUUGGAUCGAUUGCACAUCGACACUUGCAGCGUCAUGGCGCACUCGGCCGGUGCGCCUUAUGCCUUGUCGUUUGCGAACAAGUUGCCCGAGCGCAUACGCGGUGAGGUCUGUCUCCUGGCGCCGUGGGUGGGUGGCAACGAUAACAGCGGCUAUAAGUGGCUGAAGUACGUGCCGAAUGGCAUCCUCAAGACGGCGCAGGCCGCAGAGUGGAAGCUCCAGGCCUGGAUGAUCGGCAAGCCGCCGACGAUCCAGUACCAGGGUAUCGGCUACACAGCCCAGACGUCGAGCAAGUCGUCCGAGAAGGGCACGCUCUCUCCCCAGAACACCGGCACGGGCUCCCCGCGUCCGGCGUUCCCCCAGAUAUCGGAACAGGCGUCGCGUCCUAGUACGAGCUCGAACUUCAGCGAGUAUGACGACCUCCGGGAUUUCGAGGGAAAGUUCGGCAGCCAGACCACGCUUGGUAUCGUCAACUACCCGCCGCCCAGUGCUCAACCGCCGAGGCGUAAGGCGUCCCGAGGAUUUUUGGAGCGUUUGAAGAGCCCAUCCUCGCCACCCGAGGAGAAGGCCACGCCGACCAAGACCGGAAAGACACUGAAAGCCCUGCGGUCAAUGGGCUCCUUGCGCAGCGGCAAGUCAUCCACCAAGAAAUCCCAGCCCUCAAGCCCUUCGAGCCCCAAACUGCCGCCCCCACCUCAGUUCGAUACGACCCUAGGCCUUGGCGUUGAUGACUUCAAGUUCUCGGCAAACUCGUCUGACUCCUCGUCACUUCGCGCGGAGAAGGAGGAUCAGCUUGAUGGGCUGUCGAACCACGGGAGCGGGACGCCAAAUUGGCGUGCGAACGGGCAGCGCUCGAUAUCCUUUGGGUCGACUUCCCCUCGCGGCGCGCACUCGAUGCCGAAUUCACCCGCGCCGAGUGUGCAUAGCUCGCAGUAUACGACGCCGCCGACGAGCGGCAUGUCCUUCCAGGUCCAGCUGGGGAAUGCGCUCCUUGCGGCUUCGCAUGCGGAGAGUGCGAAGGGGACGCACAACGAUCUGUUGCAGAUCCUCAACCACGACAAUCUUCCUUGGGGCUUCUCUUACAGCGCGUACCCUCACAAGGUCAAGGUCUGGUACGGGGAUCGUGAUGAGAAGAUUGCCGAGAACGCGGUGCGGUGGAUGGAGCAUACGAUGGGCGAAGACCGGUGUUCUGUGAAGGUGGUGAAGGGCGCGGACCAUGGCUUGAUGUACAAGAGCAGUGUGGUCAUCGAAGUCCUAGAACACCUUCUGAGCUGUUGGAAGAAGUCCGAUAGAUGAUUCCCCGGAGCGCCGUCUCCGUAAUAGUUCUUGCUUAUUCUCCAUUCCUGCACCACCUACCAUCCAAUGGAUACUCUUUGCCAGUACUCGCGACUAUUUCACCUUUCUUGGAUGGUCUCACGCGCGUCGACUUCUUUGUCGCUUCUUUCUUCCUUGUAUUGUGUUUUUAGGACUAGCCGCCUUUCAUUCACACCCUUCGGCUGUGCUUCGUGCCCGCUCGCGGGCACACCUCCGCUGGUACACACCCGUUCGUCCACGUCUAUUCUACGGUAGUAUAUCCUUAUCUUUGCAUAAUUUACCUUGUAUCAUUGUAAGCUAGUGGACGGAGUACAGUUACUAGUAGUUAGUAGAUAUCCAGUUGCCCUCUCG